ACACUAUAAAACCUUUUAAACUAAAUGAGGCUUAAAUAUUGUCAGUUUUAAAGUUUUACAAUACCUACCUAUCCACCAUCACGUUAUUUGCUUUGUCAUUAACUUUUCAAAUAGCUGUGGGGCUCUGCCAAUUCGAUUUUUAAACUAAGUAUUUAAUUAAGUUACAAAAGAACUUUGGAAAACAGUCAAAAUGUAUUGUGAUGUGUGUGGCAUAGUCGACGAACAUUACGAUGAAAACUCUGAUGUACAUCAUAAUGAUACGCCAAAACAUCAGUGUAAUGUGAUAUUACUCAACUAUAAGCACAAUAAGAAAGCCUUCAGUAGGAACCGAGAUGGUGUAAUCAUACUAGGCACUGCUGAAAGUAAGCCCUAUAACGAAGCCACCGCUACAAAGGUGCAAGACACAGAUCAUCACAAGAUUAGGAUUUAUGUAAAACCGAACCAAAAUGUCAAAUUCUCAUUCAAGAUCAGCAAUGAUAUGAAAAAUGAAGAUUUAUUGGUGGUUGGCAUACAGCUGGCUCAUCCACAGCCGCAGUAUCAAAUGAAUAAUCACCCCUUCAUUUUUGGAGGGGAACCAAAUAUUUUAUGUAAGAAAUCAACUAUUAAGGAGGAAGUUAGUGUUGAGUUUCAUGCUCCAGAGAUUGGUCAAUAUGAGAUGCCGAUUAUGUUUACAUUUUUCCGCAGAAGUGAUGAGAAAAAUCUCAUAUUUAUUCGUGAAAUGGUAGUUUUAGUGCAAGAGCAUGAAAUAGAACACGCUAGCAACAAAAGCCCGUAUACUAGCGAGGGUUGGCAGCGCGCUGAUCAUUUUAUACUAUCAAAAACCCAUGUGCCAUAUCAACUAAAAUUCAAGAUCCCGAAGCUCCUCAAGGAACUAUUGCCGCGCGGUUUGGAGGAAAAGGCGUUGGAGGGAUUGCAGUUGGCCCCCAAUGAAAUGGAGAAGAUGCGAUUAAUGCUCGUAUCCACUAGAGCAAUAUUUGAUGAGGGCCCUACCAAAAACAAUUACAUGAGUUAUUUCCACUAUUUAUUGUGGUGGGAGGAAAUUAUUUCGAAGAUCAAUUUAAGGAAAUACAAUAUGUCUGGUGUGAAAAUUGAAAAAAAUGAAAAUGUUUAUCUUUUGGAAGUUCCUGGAUUAGCCGAAAAAAGACCUUCGUUACUGAGAGGUGAUCGCGUCUACAUACGCCCUAAAGAUAGCUCUCAAAUUGUAUUUGAAAGCACCAUCAAAGAACUGAAUGAGAGCCACGUUCAGUUAGCCAAUAUGGACGACUCAUUCAAUAAUUACUACAACCCUGAUGCGCUGUAUGACAUUCGGUUCCUGAUGUCCCGAGUUCCAAUGGAGCGUAUGCACGAAGCUGUCAACACUGUGUUCGGCUCCAAGCAAGACUGCCGCAUCUUCCCCACGCCAAGCGCGAGGAAGAUUCCACUGAAGCGCAUCACUAAGUUCUACAAUCCUCUGAUAGCGAGCAACGCGGAGCAAAAGUCAGCUGUUGAUCACAUAGUGUCUGGCACAUCUGGCAAAGCGCCUUACAUUGUGUUUGGACCUCCCGGCACUGGCAAGACUAUGACCAUAGUUGAAGCUAUCAUACAGCUGGUGGUACAAAAACCCUCGAACCGAGUGAUGGUGUGCACGGACUCCAACAUGGCGGCCGACCACAUCGCGAUGAUGCUCCUUCAGUAUAACAAGCAACUUAACAUCUCCAACUUCCUGCUGCGCGCUAACUCACAGUCUCGGGAAUGGACGGUAAUGCCAGCGGCCCUGGCGCCGGUGUCCAACGGCACCAGCUAUGACAACUUCUACUCCGUGAGCAACAUGCAGGUUUCCAUGUACAGGGUCUUCGUCACCACUCUGCUGCACGCCGCUAAAUAUGGAUCGGCUAGAAGCCAAGCGUCGUACAAACUCCAAGUGACACACCUAUUCAUUGACGAAGCGGCGCAAGCUUCCGAACCGGCUACCUUAGUGCCAGUGAGCAGCUUACUGUCGCCGAAUGGAUACCUCAUCCUAGCGGGAGAUCCAAAGCAACUGGGCCCUGUCUGUAUAUCGCGAGAGGCCAAGGAUAGGGGGUUAGGUCAAUCCCUGCUGGAACGUUUGAAGACGACAUACGAGAACCUGUACGACAACUCCAACUACAUCACCAUGCUGGUGCAAAACUUCCGCUCCGACCCCGACAUAUUGGCCAUCCCUAACGAACUGUUCUAUGACAACUGCUUGAAGCCUCUAGCCCCACUCGAUGCACUGAGUCGAGUGAGCGUGCUAGGGCUGCCGGGCGGCGACCGCGCCGUGGUGUUCCACGCCGUGCAUUCUCGGGAACAGAGGAUGGGCAACGCGCCGAGUUUCUUCAAUGAAAAGGAACUCGAUAUGCUAAAAAAAUAUACCAAAGCGCUGAUAGAAAAACAUCAAGUAUUGCCUAAAGAUAUUGGUAUUAUUGCUCCAUACAUACGACAGGUGUAUAAAAUGAAAGGCUGGCUAACGACCGAGAACUAUAAGGACAUAGAAGUGGGAACCGUAGAAUCUUUCCAAGGCAAAGAGAAACGUGUCAUACUGGUGUCCACUGUGCGAGCCAACUGUCGGCUCCUGGACUAUGAUGCUAAAUACGGCCUUGGGUUCUUGGUAGAUGAUAAGCGGUACAACGUAACACUGACCCGUGCUAAAGCCAAGUUAAUCAUUAUCGGCAACCCAACCUGUCUCACACGCGAUUGCAAAUGGCGUAAAUAUAUGGAUUUUGCGCGCGAAACCAACUGUUACUACGGCGAAGAAACUCAGCAGCUAGAAAGAAACUCGCGCCUCCUUACCGAGAUUAGUAGAACCCGCUUCGAUAAAUGCAGGCUUUCUGACUACAUUAUACCUAAGACCAACUCGACCGAUAAGGAAUCCAAGAAAAAGUAAAUCCUAACGGGUUUAUUAAAUCCAUCUGGAUAUUCAAAAUAUAUUAUUAAAUCCAUCUGGAUAUUCAAAAUAUACACCCAAUUAAAAAUGUUAUAAAUCCACUUGGAUAUACAAAUCCGUUUGUAGUAUAGUAAUCGCAUUUGGAUAGUUUUAUAAGUAUUACUUUUAUUUUUUUACUUUUUCUAUAUACUUACCCAUUUCGAUAGUAUCACGGGAAAUCUAUUUUUGUUUGAUUUUUGAUGUUUUGUUUUUUGACGUAUUCUAUUGAUAUUAAGUUAUUGGUUUUUGUUUUUUUUUUGAUUGCGUGUUUUUAUUGAUGAAAAUCAUGACUUUUUUAAAGGCUUUUAUUUUAACUUUUAUGAUUUGUAAUGUGAUCAAGUAGCGUUUUUGCACUUUAGAUUAAUUCAAAGUUUGUUUCAUAAUAUUUAAAUUUUUGUCUUAAAAGAACUGCAUGAUUUUAGUCGCGUCAAUUUAGUUCAAUUAAUAUUAUUAAUUACAUGAAAAAAAAAAUGCGUCAAUGACCCUUAUUGAUUAUUUUAUUUAUUUAAUAAAAAAAAACUACUUCUACACUCAUCUUUUCUUCUUUGAUUUCUUUAUUUCUUGCCUGUUUUUCUAUUAUUUCCAAAAAUUCGUUUUUUUUGUAACUAAAUAAAAUAGUUUUAAAUAGUAAGGGUUAAGACAACUGCAAAUCUCGCGACUUUUUCUGAUGGAUAAUCAAGUAUCGAGCUUAUCUAAUCGGAAUAGAGUUGUAUUAUCAGAUGCCAGGUUCCACGAGGGCAAAAGUCGUGUGCCGUCGCUGCAAAUUCUAUCUGUAUAUAAUUUGAACUCUAUUUAAUAUUAGAUAAGGUCGACAAUGAAAUUCUCCGUCAGAAACUGCUCGCUCGACAUUUGUAGUUCUGUCUGCGCUGACUUCUAACGGCAGUCUCUCCGUCACAUGCUCCUUACAAACGUAGUUUGGUUCGCAAAAAAUCUUGUCUGUGGUUCGUUAGAUUUCCGCAAAAGUAACUUGUUUUUAAGUUACACAGGCUUAAACAUUUGUAUGUAAAUUUUUGAGACUGUAACUUUCCAACUGACUAAGUAUUUUAAAGGAACACUGGAAACCCGCAGACAUAGAUAUUAGUUCCUAGACAUAUCUACAAAAAUUCAUUGGUAAGUAUUCAAAUAAGAACCAAACUAUGUUUGUUUGGAGGAACUAGGAAUAAACCCCCUCUUAAGGCCCCAGUACAAAAUGAUCCGUUGCGUUGAGUAAGUGCCGUCAAACGUGAAACUAUUGUAUAUCUAGGUGUACUAGUUUUGAUACUUGAAAUCUAGUCAGCAGGGCGUUUUAGAACACACGAUUCCAUAAAUUAUCAUACGAUAAGAUGUAUUUUCUUCAUACGAUAAUUUACUGAAUCGAGUGUUCUGAAUCGCCCUGCAGAUUUGAUAGAAAACAAUACCUAGGUUUUUUUUUAACAAUGCCACAUAAUAUUUUAUGUGCAGCAUUAAUGGUUUGAUAUGAUCAACGAUAUUUGUGAUCGCAGUAUUUAUUUAUAAGACGAAAAUGUUCCAAAAUUCCACUUUUGUAAUUUAAAUGUAUGUUAAAACUAACUUUAAAAUAAGGAAAAGUACCUACUAAAAAUGAAGGUCCUGUGAUAUUAUUGUAAAUAUUUUAAGAAUUAAUCUAAGUUGUGAUUGGUGGUGCUGAUUCAAGUGUACAAUGUACGUACUCUCUAAACUUAACUUUGAUAUGUCUAUAAAAUAUAGUGGUGACUGUUGUCCUUUUCAUUAUGUUCCCUGCAGAAAAGGACAGUAUUACUUUUAGGUUGAAAUCUCUAGAGCUCACUUUGACUUUGCUUAAACUUAAGUUUCAGUUAAAACGAGACAGAUUUAUGCCAGC